AUGUUGAGAUGUAUGCAGGCACUAGCGGAGUUGUUUCUAGAGGACUGCCCAGGGAUAACACAGUUAGCAAUAGAAGAAGAAGAAGAAAACAUUCAAUCUUAUAGUAUCUCAGUUCCAGUGCAUUCGUCGUCAGGAGGUCCAGGUGACAGACUGCUGACAAGCUCAGAUCAAAAUGGACUCUUGUGCCUUCCUCUAAAUCUCAUGUCCUCUCUCAAGAAGAUAUCGAUUCGUGAACUCCCACACCAAGUAUUUCGCAGGAAAAACGAAGGCUUGUCUAGAUUUACCUGCCUUGAGAAGCUAACAGUUUGGGGAUGCCCCAGGCUGCUCUCAUCUUUGGUGGACAAACAUGGAAAUGAUGAACAGAGGAACGGAAGAUGGCUCCUGCCGAAAUCACUUGAAGAACUCGAGAUCCGUGGUGAUUCACCGGCAAUGAUGCAGCCCUGUUUUCCAGGGAAUCUAACCUGCCUCAGAAAAUUACAAGUGUGGUUCAGCCCAAGUCUGAGAUCUCUACAGCUGCGUAACUGCACGACACUGGAAGAGUUGGUAAUUGGAAACUGUGGAUCAGUUGCUGCACCAGAGAGCUUGCAGUUCCUUGGCAGCCUUAAGUAUUUGAAAGUAUUCAGAUCCCCUGGCGUAAUUCCAUGUUUGGAGAAUCUGUCAAGGCAGGGCUAUGCUCUAUUCCCUGGACUAGAAAGGCUUGUGGUCGAUGGGCCCUCUGUAUUUACCAUGUCAGUUUGCAAGCAACUCACCUCCCUCCAAUACCUACAACUUGAAAAUUGGGAGUUUGUAACGAGACUAACAGAGGAGCAAGAGAGAGGGCUUCAGCUCCUGAAAUCCCUGCAAGAGCUGGAAUUCCGGGAUUGCAGUUAUGAUCUCAAAUAUCUCCCCGUGGCGUUGCACUGCCUUCCUUCACUCAAGAGAUUGAAGAUCAGUGGUUGUUUGGGAAUCUCAAGGCUGCCGGAACAGGGCCUUCCGCUCUCGCUGCAACAACUGGAUAUCAGCAAUUGCAGCAAGGUUUUUAAUGAUCAGUGCAAGUCUCUAGAAACAGGGAAGUUAAAGGUCAACAUUGUUGGAAAUACACAAACUGCUUAA